CCAAUUAAUUUUUGAGGACUUGAACGAGGUGUAGUUGACUUGACUUUGCUAGUUCGAUUAAAAAACCGUCUGCCCCCUGGUGCCAAUUUGCAGUUCCGAUCAGACGUCAGAGAAUCGCCGAGUUGCCAACAGCACGAUGUAUACCCCGUGCAGCAAGUACGACGUGUUCUUGAGCUUUAGGGGCGAAACACGCAAGGGCAUCACGGACCACCUCUACUGUACAUUGAAAGACAACAAGUUCAAUGUCUUUCUGGACGAGGACGAAUUAACUAGAGGGGAUGCUAUAACAGAAAAACUGAAGCAAGCAAUCGAAGGGUCCAGACUUGCUGCCAUCAUGUUCUCAAAGGGGUAUGCGGAAUCCAGAUGGUGUCUUGAGGAGCUGGUGGAGAUCAUGGAGUGCAGAAGAACACUGGGUCAACUUGUUUUUCCGAUUUUCUACGAUGUUGAUCCUUCAGAUGUCAGGCAUCAGACUGGUAGCUUUGCAACGGCGUUUAAGAAUCAUAAACAAAAGUUCAACGAAGGAGUGGUCCGAUCGUGGAGAAAUGCUCUUAAUACAGCUGCAGGGUUGAGCGGCGAGGAUUUUCGAGUGACUGACGGGCAUGAAGGAACGUUUAUCAGGAAAGUUGUUGGCCAGAUCGCUAGAAAACUGAAGAAAGCAUGCUUAAAUGUAGCCAGAAAUCCAGUUGGAAUAGAUUCUCGUGUGCAAGAAAUCAGUAAUUAUUUAGAUGUUGGAGGAUCCAAUGAUGUUCGCAUAAUUGGAAUUUGGGGGAUGGGCGGACUAGUAAGACAACGAUUGCAAAAGCUAUUUUCAACCAAUACCAGCACAUGUUUGAUGGUACAUGUUUUCUUCGAAAUGUGAGAGAAGAUAAGAAACUGGUUGAUUCGCAAAACAUACUUCUGUCUAAUAUCUUGAGAUCGGGAAACAUAAAGGUGAGUACGGUUGAUGAAGGGACCGAGGAGAUAAAAACAAGACUUGGAAACAUAAGGGUUCUUGUCAUAAUUGAUGAUAUAGACUGUGUGGCACACAUAAAUACAUUAGCUAUAAAACGUGGCUCGUUUGGUCCAGGAAGUAGAAUUGUUAUAACAACAAGGGAUGAACAUUUGCUACAGACACUUGAAGUGGAUAAAAUAUGUUCUCUGCCAGCAAUGAAUAAAGAUGAAGCUCUUGAGCUCCUUAGUCGGUGUGCCUUUAGAAAGAAUUAUCCUAAUGAAGAAUAUCUCGGAGUCUCAAGAGAAGCUGUUGAUUAUUGUGGGGGUUUACCACUUGCACUUGAAGCUGUAGGUUCUUACCUACGUACAAAAACCACAAGAGAAUGGACAAGUGCAUUGAACAAGUGGAAAAGAUCACAACCUUGUCAGGAAAUUCCCAAAAUUCUUAAGGUAAGUUAUGACGGGCUUACUGAUGGCCAGGUGAAGGAUAUAUUCCUUGAUAUAUCAUGUUUCUUUAUUGGAAUGAACAAGGACCGUGUCAUGGCAAUAAUGGAUGGGUGUGACUGUAAUCCAGCAAUAGGCAUUAGAGAACUCCAUGAUCGAUGCCUUGUAACUGUUGAUCUAGAAGGCAAUCUGAUGAUGCAUCAUUUGAUUCGAGACACGGGCAGAGAAAUUGUACGUGCAAAAUCCCCUAAGAAGCUUGGAAGUCGUUGUAGAUUGUGGGAUCAUGAAGAUGUAAAACAUGUAUUGAGGAAGCAAUGUGGAACGGAAGAAAAUGAAGGAAUUGCUUUAGAUUUUCCAGAAGCUGACAAGCUUAGCUUCAGUACAGAAGCAUUCAGAAAUAUGCGGAACCUGAGAUUACUCAAAAUAAAAGGCGUAAAUUUCACUGGACACUGUAAACAUCUUUCCGAAGAGUUAAGAUGGUUAAGUUUGUCUGAGUUUUCUCUGCAGGCCAUACCAGAAGAUUUUAAUCAACCAAACGCAGUUGACAUUGACCUGAGUUGUAGCAAUAUACAAGUCUGGAAGAACUCGAACGUGUCACUUGAAAAGUUGAUGUUUCUCAAUCUUGGUUAUAGUGAUCACCUGAAAGAAUCACCAGACUUUACAAGAAUCCCAAAUAUUGAGAGAUUGAUACUCGAAGCCUGUAAGAGUUUGUCCAAGAUUCACCACUCCGUAGUACAAUUGAAGAACCUUAAGUAUUUAUCUGUUGCGAAUUGCGAAAACCUUCAGGAAAUCCCAGAUUUACCAACAAAUUUGGAAAUCCUGAAAGCGGAUGAGUGCAUUGCAUUGGAAAAGAUGCCAAAUUUUUCAGAAAUGUCAAGUAUGGUAGAACUGCAUCUGAAUCACUCCCCCAAACUCACUGAGAUUCUAGGCUUGCAUAAGUCGUUUAACACUAUGAGAAGGAUUCGUAUGGAAGGGUGCACCAAUCUCACUGCUGCUUUUAAAAAAACAAUCCUACAGGAAUGGAGCGCGAGCAGAAAUGGUGAUCUUUUUCUCCCCGGAAAUGAUUUUCCAUCAGGGUUUACAUCCGCUGACCCUAAGGGUGAAAUAGUUGUGCCGCAAUGUUUUGGCUAUGAUGCAAAAGCAUUGACUCUGUGCAUUGUGUAUUCUUCAGACGACUCCCAAUCUGGUGAUUCUCUUUGCAUCCGUGUUGCAAAUCGUACCAAGCACACUGAGUUUUUCAUCUCUCCAAUGUAUGCCACCGUAACAAAUCGCCAUGAAAGUUAUAUUUGGCUGGGACAUUUAUCAAACAAUGAGCUCAAGGUGAACGGUGGGGACAAGAUAAAUGUUGGUGCACACUUUUUAGAACACGGGAGUACUGACGAUAUUCAUCUGAGGGUGCAGAAAAUAGGUGUUUACCUGGAGCAGGAAAAACUAGUCAAUGAAUUAGCCAAUUUUAUCAGGCGUUCAAGUGAGUAUGACAAGGAUGUCAAUCUUAUGCAAGACCAGGUUGGACUUUCAUCUGAGGAGAGUCGAUCUCGUAAAAGACUGAGGUCUAUCCCUGGGCUGAAAGAUGCAAGAAAUUGAUGCCCUCAUAAACAGCUGCAUGGACUACGAGAAACAAAAAGCAAUUGAAAAGCUAUAAAGCUGAAAUCAAGCAAAAGAUUGUAUAGAAGAGUGUCUGUUGGUGGUGCAAUCUGGACACCGCAUUUUCUCGUCAAUGUCCAAUCUGUAAAGCUCAGACCUCACCAACGCUAUUGAAAGUCAGAAGUUUGACGGAUUCGUCGCAUGCGGCCUCUCCCUCACCUUUUCUCUCAGAUACACAAAGCUCAAAUUCCAUUACAGACGGCAGAGAGCCAAAAGUAGCAUAGAAUCUAAAAUGGGUAUCCUUCUCUUACCACUUUUGAAGUUGGGUCUCUUUCUGUUAAACAAGAGUCCUUGUCCCAGUCCAAUCCGCCACCUUUGUAAACAAACCAAAUCAUAUUUAUAUAUUUCAUCUUGUCUGUAAGAUAUAGAUGGUAAUACUUUGUAUCUCAGUAGGACUCUUUGUAAUCCAAUGUAUUUAUACGUUAUCAAAUGCUUGAAUUUGUGCUACA